UUUCCUAUAAUCUAUCAAAUGGAGCUUUUUCAUACAUUCCCAACAAAUUCAGUUGUAAUUGGUACCAUAUUCGCUUUUCCACUCUUUCUUUUGUCACUCCUAUGGAUAUCAAAAACUGCCUUCAAAAGCAGAAACAAAAAGAGAGCAGCACCAGUCGCUGGCGGCUCAUGGCCUCUAAUCGGCCAUCUCCACCUCCUAGGAGGACCGACACCAGCCCACAUAGUCCUGAGCGACAUGGCAGAGAAAUACGGUCCUAUCUUCACCAUCAAGAUGGGUGUUCAUAGGGCUUUGGUUGUCAGCGACCAUGAAACUGCUAAAGAGUGUUUAACCACAAACGAUAAAGCCUUUGCCACUCGUCCAAAAACUCUUGCCAUGGAGCUCUUGAGCUACAACCAUGCCAUGUUUGGCUUCGCCCCUUACGGACCUUACUGGCGUCAAAUGCGUAAAAUUGCCACUCUUGAACUCCUCUCCAGCUACCGGCUUGACAGGCUCAGACAUGUUCGACAAUCUGAGAUAAAGAUAUCAGUACAAGAGUUAUAUCAACUUUGGAACGAGAAGAAAGAUAGCUCUGGUAAGAUUUCGGUGGAGAUGAAGAAAUGGUUUAAGAAUGUAACUCUUAACGUGAUUCUCAGGAUGAUAGUAGGGAAGCGAAUCCCAAGUUCGGGCAACGAUGCAGAGAGUGAGAGAUGGAAACAGGCGCUGAAGGACUUCUUUGACUUGAGUGGGAAGUUUGUGAUAUCCGAUGCGUUACCGUAUUUAAGAUGGUUGGACAUCGGAGGAGACGAGAGGUUCAUGAAGAAGGUAAGAAAAGAAUUAGACGACGUUGCCAAGGGAUGGUUAGAAGAUCACAAACGAAAGAGAUCAGAUGCAGCAGGUAAAUCGAAGAGCGACGAAGAUUUCAUGGAUGUGAUGUUUUCAAUCGUCAUUGACGAUGGGAAACAUGAUGCCGAUACCAUCAACAAAGCGACCUGCCUGGCUUUGAUCUUAGCAGCCUCUGACACCACAAUGGUUACAUUGACGUGGGCUUUGUCUUUACUACUUAACAACCGCGACGCAUUAAAAAAAGCACAAGAGGAACUAGACAUCCAUGUCGGCAAAGACAAACUAGUGGAAGAAUCCGACCUCAAAAAGUUAGUCUAUCUUCAAGCCGUCGUCAAGGAAACACUGCGUUUAUACCCUCCCGGACCACUUUCUUUGCCUCACGAGUCCAUGGAAGACUGUGUCGUAAGUGGCUACCACAUCCCUGCAGGCACACGACUUCUGAUCAAUCUUAACAAAAUCCAUCGCGAUCCAAAAGUAUGGUCAUAUCCUUGUGAAUUUCAGCCUGAAAGAUUCCUAACUACCUUCAAAGAUUUUGAUGUUAAGGGACAGAAUUUUGAGCUGAUUCCAUUCGGAAGCGGUCGAAGAAUGUGCCCCGGAGUUUCCUUUGCGCUUCAGGUAUUGGAGCUUACACUAGCUAGUCUGCUGCAAGGGUUCGAGCUAGGAACCCCGUCGGAUGAAUCGGUUGAUAUGACUGAGGCAAUUGGGUUGACAAAUUUGAAAGCCACUCCACUUCAAGUCUUUGUAACUCCACGUCUUCCUGCUUUUUGUUAUUAGCUUUUAAAGGAGGAAAACAUUUAUACGAAACUAGUAUGGGCUUCGCUCGAUUUACUAUAAUAAUUUUUAGUAUUCAUGUUUGAUACCAUCAAUUACACCGGAAAUUGUCUCCAUAGAUGUCGAUGCUUUUUUUGAUUCAAAAAAACAAAAUCCUAUAGUUCAAAGUUGAG